AUGGAGGAAUGGACAGAAGAUUAGAUUUACAAGAUUAUACUAAAAAUUAGCGAAGAGCAGUCUGAUAGUUUUUUAAAUACGGUAGAAGACCAUCCAAAGUUUGACGGAAAUAACAGUACAUCAUACAACUAAAGUAGUUAAUUAAAUCUUGAUGAUUGGAAUAUAAGAAAAGGAAGAGGCGAUAAAAGAAGUUAUACAUCUGAUCAAUUAAAUUCAAUGAAGGUUGAGAAUGAAGAUCAAAUCUCGUAAUAUGAACAUAAGAUUAUGGUAAUGAAUUAAGAGUAUGAAUAAUGUUUGUCACAUAUUAAAGAAUUAGAGAAUGUAAAUGAAAACUAAAACGAACAAAACGAAAAGCUUUUUGAUUAAAUUUAACGUAUUGAAGAUGAGUUAUCUAAUGGAAGAUUAAAAUACACGCAAAUAGUAAAUGAACUUGAAAAAAAGAAUGCAUAAUUGAAAGAAUGCAUUACAUCUAUCUAAAAUAAUGAGUAAAUUAAUAAUUAGAUGAGAAAAAAAAAUUAAGAUUUAGAGGAAUAAAUUAAUCGAUAGAAAAACGACAUUCAUUAGAAAGAUGCUCAAAUCGGGAAAUUGAUAUCUAAAAUAAAGGAUUAAGAUGAUAAAAUAUAAUUGAAGGAUUAAGAAAUUAAAAAUUUUAUUAAAGAAAAUGAUAAGUAGCAAUACGCACCUAUAGAAUAAUAAUAAUCUUAACAUGAUUCCAUAAAAAAGGAAAAAAAAAGAACUAUCAAUUAUAUGACAAGAAAUAAGAGCAAUACAGUUCUUUUAAGAUCAGAAACUUUACACUCAAGAAGUUAAAGUCAUUAUAUUGGUUAAUUUGAUCUUGAAUAAUUCAAAGAUUAAUGUGCUGCAUCAGUUAAAUCUUAAAAUACUGAAAGCGAAGAUGAUUAAACUGAUAAAAAGACAUUAAAAUAGGAAAAUGAUGAGUAAUAGGAGCUUGAAAAAUUGAUUGUUGAAUUAAAGAGUAAGCUUGAAGCAUAAACAAAUCAAUUGUAGGUUGUUGAGAAUGAAAAGAAAUAAUGUGAAGCCUAAAUUAUAGCAUUAUCAUCUGAGAUUAAUGUGUUUAAGAUUAAAGAAAAAAAAAUGACAUUAUAGUAAAAGUAAUAGGAAAAAAAAUUGACAGAAUUGUAAUCUGAAAAAAAUAAAUUUUAAACUGAAUAAGAGUAAUUGGAAUCGAGAAUGUAAGAAAUUGAAAAUAAACACCAAUAAAAAAUGAAAUUAAUGACUUCUGAAAAUGAUUAAUUAAAAAAACGAUUAUCAUUAAAUCUAGGAAAAGUGGAAAUUUAACAGGAAAAAGAUAAAGACAUUAUGAAAAUAAAAAAAGAAUACGAUGAUAUGAUUAUGGAAAUGCAAAAGUAAAAUAUGGAUAUGCACUUUUUAAAUGAAGAACUUAUAGAAGAAAACAAUAAAAUUAAUGAACAAAUAAAAGAAAUAAGCUAAAAAUAAUUAAAUGAUAUUGUAGAGAUUUAAUAAUUAGAAAAGUAGCUGGAAGUUAUGGAAAAUGAACUAAUCGCUUAAAAAUAAAGUAACAUAUAAUAGUAAUAAUAGUGA